AUGGACGGCGUCAUCACGCUCCGUGGCCUCGAGGCAGCGGCCAGAAGCUACCUCGCGCAAGACGAGGACGCACCCGAGCUUCUCAUUGCGCGCAACGUUCCUCUUGUGCACUGGCUCGAGCACGGCUUGGACAACCGCCUCUUCAACGUGUAUUGGAGCUGCCGGUUUGAGGGCGACGCAGCAGACCCGACGACGCUGGCGUCCGUCUACAUUGUCCGUGCGAUUGGAGGUCCGCACCAGCGUGGCGUCGGCGCCAUCAGCUUCUUGCGCACGCCUCUGGAGAGAAACCAUUUGAUCUCCACGCUGGGCUUUGACCUUGUGCUGCCUGGACAGACGCGACGACCCGAUACGGUCUUCUUCCAGCAGUUUCGGGACAGCCGGAACUCCGAGCCGUGCGUGGUCGUGGAGCUCGAACACAGGAACCGCAGUUUUCGGCGCUUGCUCGAGUGGCUGCUCGGGUAUUUCGCGCUCAUUCCGUCUCUUCGCACGGCCGUUGGCAUCAAGAUGUUCAAAGGACCAGACGACAACCCUCGCCAAUUCGGCGCCGUCGCCGUCCAGCUCAACCGCGCGAAUGGACACGCGCCGCAUCUUGCAUACGUGGCCAGCAUUGGCACGGGUCCGUUGACGCCGCGCGCCAUGAGCGACAUCUACCAAGUGAUAAGGCAUGAAGAUGCGGAUGCUAUGCCGCACUUUGAAGAUGGCGUGGCCCACGAAGUUGCACUCGGACACAAAAGCUGGCAACUCGAUGCUAUGGACUGCCCGGUGCUGAAGAUCAAGGUCGCGGAUCUGCUCUUCUUGGACGAUAAUGACCUCCUUGCUGACGCGCCACCAACGACCGAGCGCCUGGAAAUGGACUUGUACAAGGUCAUCUACCAGCGUCGUGGCGCCUGGGACCUUGCCCGGGAGAUUGGCAGCGUAUUGGGCCAGGGCGCUGCGUGCAGCGAAUGA